UGACCGCGGUACACUAUAGGUGUACACAGGGUCGAUGGGUAAAUAUAAAUAUAUUUAUUAAUUCUGAGUUUAACCCUUACAACUGAGGAUGGAGGACGUGUAUAAAUUUGCAACAAUUCUAAUCAUCUUAGCUAUUUCGGCUGUGAAUAAAUCAGAAUCGUCCGACCAAUCUACUGAGAUGUUAAUAAAACUAAAUUCAUCACCACCGACAUCAACAAUCAGUAUGUCAUCACCUGCGAUAACAACGACGACGAUAACGACAAAAACGACAACAUCGUCAUUAGCCAGUUCACCAUCAACUGUGCCCAGUUUUAAAAGCACUCCAUUGACAACGGAAAUGCAACAUUCAACAAAAGUGACUACAGAUCUUCAUGUGCAGACGACAACACGCCCCAAUGUAACGAUGAUGCUCUCUUCAACAACAUCGCACUCAUCUACGUCUUCAUCUCCGCCAUCAUCUAGCACACAGAUAUCAUCUGAUUCGUCUACUGCUACUUCCCUACCCACAACAACAAGCAUUGUUCCCACAGUUUCUGUACCAACAAACACGACUGUGUCGACGGAAAAUAUUUCAACUUCUAGUCACAAUACUGUAUCGGUCCUGGACUCUCAGCCUCACUCCUCGCAGGAGAAUAUAGCGGGUAUAGUUGCCGGCGUCCUCUGUUCUGUUGUCGCUGUAGUCAUCGUGGCAGGAGCAAUAUUUUAUUUCAAACGGAGGCAAGGGCGAAAAUCCGUCGUUGAGAACGUUAAAGUGAAUUACGAGAGUGAAAAGUUUGAGGAUAUCGCUGACACCGACUAUGACCCGACCACACUUUCUACUGCCCAUUAUGAGAAGCUGGGAUGUCCAGACACCGGUGAAAACCAGUAUACCAUGAUUGUACGUGAGGGUGGGGACACCGAGAAGGACGAAACGGGAUCAUUGGAGGAGUCCUCGUCAUAUGUACUGCCUAACGAGUUUGGUGUUCCUCCUCGCGUGUCGUCUAAAGAAAACGGAAAGAGCAGCCGAUACGAGAAUACAAUGUUUUCUCUGGAUUUAAAAGACGAUUCUCUACCGAUAAAGGAUGAGGAUGAUUAUAUCCAGUUUUCUGAAGACAAUCUAAAAAAUGUUCGGGUAUCUUAACUAGAACGUCAGCUGAUACAUGCAUACGUUAAACGUGAUAUAAGUGUUUUGUUACCGAUACAUAGUUUAUUUAAUUAACAAAAUGCGUAGGUAUGAUUGAUGAAAAGUAUUUUUAUUUUGUUUGGUUUGAGGUAAAUUAAACUUUUCGAUGUGAGCCUGACAGGCGACGAUCGACACGAAGACACCGAGGACAUGUAACGUUAACAGCUAUGGUUAUCAACAAGAAAACAUCGAUCUUUGUCAACCAUGAAUAAUUCGAAGUCCCGCUGUUUCGAAGUUUUUCUGUUAGUCCCUUGAACUUCGAAACAUCGAAGUUUUACUGUAUACACAAUGUGUACCAAUUUUCCAUGUCUGUUUGUUGUUAAUUUUGUUACAAUUUCAACAUUUUGUUACAAAGAUAUGCAUAAAUGUAUUGCAGUUGAAUGUGUUGUUUAUCUUACUACUAAAUAUUAAAUAUGUAACGUCAAGCCUACAAAUAGACUAUAUAUCUGAUAGCAUGCUAUCGUUUUGUAUAUAGAUUAAUAUGAAUAUUUAUCGAAAACUAUCCUCUUUACAUGCAUGUCAUUGACAAAUAUUGGUAACUGCAUUAUAACUAUCAAUAAAAUAGCAUUAUGAUAUCGG